AUUGCAGGCAUUUAAAACUUAUUUGUGACAUUUAUUUUUGAAUGAUUAUACGUGUCAAAAACCGAAAUUGGGCCAUCACUUAAGACAUCUGCUGUUCCAUUGUUUGUGUUAUUUCACAUUCAUUGAGCCAGCAGGAUGUCUCGCGAAAGUCCAGUUGUUCUGCCUGCUGGUGUCGAGGAUGGGGAGGAAUUUGAUGAACCGUGUAAAACCACCACCCUAUACUGCCGGCCAAUUACCCUGCAGGAGUAUGAGGACCAGGCUGAGACUGAAACUCAAAAGGCCAUCUCUGGUCUGAUUGGUUACCUGGACAGUAACCAGCAGCAGUUUGAGGAGCAGCUGAGGAGGAGGAAAAGACAGGACCUGGAAAAUGGAGGCCUCUUCUCCUUUGUCAAGGUUAAAGUUUGUGACAUGAUCCAUGGAAACAACAGUCCACUGCUCCGAGUGACUGAAAAAGAGAGAGAGAAAAAACUGGAAGAGCUUAAAAGGAACAUGACGAAAGCCUUCGAAUGCUCUCUUGAAACUAAAGGUAGAAGAGUCUCAAAAAGACUGGAACAAAAGCGUCAAAAGUCAGCUGUAGAAAUAACAAAGAAGACCAGCAAGCAGGGUUCAAGCAAGAAGAGUGAUAAGGCUAUCCCCCCUGCAGCACCACCCCCUCCACCUGUCCCCCCUCUUCUGGUGAACACAGCCACCACACCCAAACUGAUUGUGCAGCGCAGGAAACCUUUCACUCCCAUCGAGAAUAGAUUAACAGAGUUCAAGACACCACAUGCUAAAAAGGAUAGUCAGCAACUGAAUGACACACUAGGUGCAACACCAGCAGUGGAUGUUUCCCUCACCAGCCUGCACAAUGAACUUAUGUCAUCACACCCAUGGAAACGACUCAAAUGUGUCUCAGAUGACAAGUCCCCCGGCGGUACUCCCACCACCACACGUGACAGGCAGAGACCCACACCCCUAGAGCCCAUGCACCUUGCCCUUGUUAACAAGUUCCGCAACGUGCGAACCCCGAGUCCCACAAUUGGCCUCAACACGACUGUUGGCUCCCCCAGUGGCUUUACCCCGAGCCCCUAGAGGGCGUUGUUCAGCCAAGGGUAGAGCCAAUGUGAAAUCAGUUGGUCAACAGUGGAAAAUAAAGGACAGUGCUCAGUGUACAUUUUCAUUAUAGACAAUUGGACAUAUAUAACUGAUUGCAACUGAUUGCAUGAUAGAUGUUGAAAACCGGAUCAGUUUUAUGUAUGUUGAAUGUACAUGUAGAUCAAGUAUCUUGUGAUGUUUAUAAGUGUGAUUAUGGCCAUGUUUGUCAUUGAUGAUUCUGUUUUAUAUAUUAAGUUCUUUCUGUGUUUUUAAUUUUCUCAUAGUUGGAGGAAUAAUUUUAUAGGGAAAGUUUAUUGUAUUGUUAUGAUUUUGUUGUUUUAUAUUGAAUUUUGAACAAUUAGCGAAACUCAUUUUUAGGUAACAGAUGGUUUUUAAUAGCUUUCUUUUUAAAGAAACAUUUCUCAAAUACAUGUAUAAAUAGCGCAUAAUAUUUUCAUCUUUCAUUAUGAGAAAUUUAUUCUUUACUUCUGCAAUAAAUAACAUGUAGCAACAUAAGUGGGUAUAUCAUUGUAUAUAUAUUUAAAUGGUUUUAUUCAAACAACCCCUUUUCAGUUGUGUCAUUUACUAAUGUACUAGAAUUAUUUGGCAUAUUUUAAAAUGUGACUAUUAAUUCCUAUUUAUACAGUUGCAAUUUUAUAUUUAGGUUUGCUAUAAUAUUAAACCAGUGCAUUAUGGUUAUUGAAAAAGUUUUUAAGUACAUGUUCUAGUUUUAAGCAAGAUUUAUCUUGUCUGUUUUUCAAAGGAUUAUCAUAACCUUGGUGUCAUAGUGCAAAUACUUGAACCUUGACCAAAACAUAAAUUUGUUCAAGAUAUUCAAAUAAAAUUUGGUACAUAUGUUGCAGGAGAUAAUUUGCACAUGUAUAGCAAGGAGCAUCACUUUGAUUUUCCGCCCAUUUAUUUUUCUUAAAAUAAGGAAAAUUAUGCCUGCUCACUUCAAUUACUUUCGGCAAAAUAUUGUUAAAAAAACCACAUAAAUUGGUGUGGCAGUAUUAUCCUUUUGGCAGAAUAUUUUAACUGUAAGAUAUAGCUUAAGUGAAAUUUUGUUUGACCAGAGGAAAAGAUUAUUUUUUUCAAUCUUUGAAUAAGCUUUAAAUAUGUAUUGUAUUAAUUUUAGUAUUUGUUUUGCAUGAUGCAGAUAUUUGAAGUGUAAAUAAUUACUUCAUUAUGUAUCAUCUUUUUCAUUUCACAUUAUAUAUAUUGCAGCGGUGUUUCAUUAGCAAAAUAAAUAUGUAUAAUAAAUAUGUAUACAGCUAUAUCACGCAUUCAACAUAAAUGAUGCAACGCCAUUGGUUCAGAACUUGUCACGCUGUGACCCCAUAUUUUUCCAUAUUUGGUCACAAAAUUUAUACAUCGGACCAACAUGGUGUCUUUUCUGAUUCCGAUGAAUAUUCUGAUGAAUAAAUGAAACAUUUAGACAGGUUGUUGAAGUGAUAUAUAUGUUACGGUGUUAGUAAGUGACCCGAUAUGGGAAAAAAUGGGCACAGGAAACCAUAUUCAGGUUCAAGCUUCCCUCUUGCCCGAUACGGUUUCCUUUGCCUUGUCUAUUCCAUAUCAGGUCACCUUCUUACCCCCUUCGUUAUAAUAUCACGCCUCCAACAUAAAUGACGCAACGCCAUUGGUCCAGAACUUGUCACAUAGUGAAACCAUAUUUUUCCAUAUUGGUUCACCUAAUUUAAAGCGUACCAAAAUGGCGUCUAUUUUCCGAUUCUGAGGAAUAUUCCGAUAAAUGAAUGAAAGAUGUAAACAGGUUGU